CGGAUUCUGACAGCUUCUUCGAUUCGAUGGGAUGAAAAAGUCCAUCAGAUCCGAACGACAGCAGCAGCAGUAAACAUUUUUUCACCCCUCACGUAAAAAUUAAGCUUCAAUUUUCUUGAGGCCUCAAGUUGUUUCGCAGUUCCGAUUUUUUCCCCAGGGGAACGCAAAUGUGAUAACGCAAUCAUGAGCACUUUUCAUGCAAAAAUAGACAACAUUUGCAGGCUCUGCUUGUCCGGCGGUGACAACUUGGAAUCUAUUUUUGGUGACAGUGGAUCUGAGGCACUGCAGAACAUCAUCUUCGAUUGCACUUCGGUCAAGGUAUCUCGCCGAUUGGGACACCCGACAGCAAUCUGCGGGCUUUGCAAGAUAAAAGUCGAAAGCUUUCAUCAGUUUCGCGAGCAGUGCAUCCAAAACGAUGAAUUAUUACGAUCGACCUUCCUCGAGCCAGAAGUGGUCAUCAAGACGGAACCGGAUUUGGUUCUUCCUACGGCCGAGGAAGAGGAAUACGAAGAAGAUGAUGACGAUGAUUAUGAUGACAUCAACGAAGCCGACAUAGAUGAAUGGGAUGAGUCGGAGUCAAAUGAGGGUAUGCAACUCGAUACCCCAUCCAUAGUCGGCGAUAUUUCUAUGAACGCAGACAUACUUUUUGACAGCGGUAUCGGAAUUGCACAAGAUAAUCCGCUCGAUGUCCCGAUGUUCAAGUGUGAGCUGUGCUUCGUCGAGUUCAUUUCACUGGAACAGCUGGAAAAACACAUUACUAGUCACAAGGAGGAGAAAAUUUUCAAAUGCUUUUACUGUCCAAAGACGUUUCAUUUCGCCAAAAAUCUUAACAUGCAUGUGGAGUACAUCCAUUCUAAGAUGAAAUACACCCAAAGGUCAUCGACAGCGUUCCAAGGAUCCAGCCUCGCUCAAAACCGUCUAGUCAGUAACGAGAAAGGAACGACUCUGCAAAAAACUACGAGCACAAUAAGUAACAUAAAUAACAAUGUUAAAACCACCAGACGAAAUGGGAAUCCUACGCAACCCCAGCUGCAGCUGGUGGCAGCUUUGAUGAGCAGCCGUUCUCCACCGGUAGCGGCACAUCCUUGCAGAACCACCAGCAGCAAUCACGAGUGCCACGUGUGCCAUAAAUCGUUCAAUGAUCUCCGGCAGCACAUGCUACUGCACGAUGGCGAGAAGCCCUAUAAAUGUGAUAUUUGCUCCAAAUCGUUCUUCAACGCAUCAACGCUCAAGACCCACUAUCGGGUACACAGCGACGAGAAUCCUUUUCGCUGCAACACUUGCACCAAGGUUUUCGACAACGCACGGAGCUUGGAGCUGCACUAUCGCACUCAUACAGGAGAGCGUCCCUAUGCGUGCGAUGUCUGUCUGAAAAAGUUUUCAUGCUCCUCAAAUCUGAAGCGGCACCGAAAGCUGCACGACCGGGAUUAGAAAGUACUUUACAUAUCCUUUUCAAAGUAACUGCGAGUCCCGUUUAAAGUCAUCCCACACACAAAUCGAGCUACGAAUUUAACAAACUACAGAACUCUAUACGAAUAAGCAUAUCCUUGUAAGCAUAUAAAAAGGUAGCCGCCGGUAAUAUCGCAUUUAGAUUGAGUCUACUAAACGUAGAAAGUGCAUUUUUAUUUUAUUUUUUAAAUUUUUCGUUUUUGAUUGCACAGUAACCAAAUUCUUAAAUUUGUUAAUAAUUAAAUUAUGUUUAACAGCUUAUGAAGAAAUAACUGAUUCCUAAAAAAAAUAUUGCAUUGAAACAAAUAGUAAGAGGAAACCAUCAACCUCAAAAUAAGUUUCAAGUAAAUUACCUAUCUCUAGUCGUCAUUCAAAGAAUUGUAUCUUUAGAGCGUAAGAAAAAUUGUUAUUAUUUAUCCGUUGAGCUUAGUCAAACCAAGUCACAAUCUGAAAUAACAAUAAUCGUCACCCAUGAUCUUAAAUAGAUGAACGAAAUGUGUAACAACUAGUCAGUAAGCAAACGGUUGUCCUAAACAAUAAAUGUUAUGUUUACGUUUUCAAUUAUCAGCAGAAAUUUGAAUUUGAUACCAAUUAAAGAUGUGAAAAAGA